GCCACAAAGCCAAACAAGUGCUACGUGUACGUAGCUUUUACAUUGACGACUGCCGCAUCACCUCCUCAGUCCUUUCCAUUCGCCUUCGAAGUGCCAACCGAGAUCCUGUCCUUGAAGCGUCGCCUCGACAUAUUAAACACUGGCAGAUAGCACCUAGCCAUCGGCCCCGCGCGUUGCCUCUGUUUGGACCGUGUCUCUUGGCCAUGGAAUCCCGCAAUGACCAACGGUAAAGCGCACCUCCAGAGCCAGGUUGGCCUGUACGCCGUAGCCGCUGCGCUCCGCCUCAGCCUCUUCGUCUUCUUCCCUAGUCUCCCUGGUCUUCUGGCAGACCGCGUGGAGGUUUCGACUCCGGUCAACAGCUUCAAAAGAUUUCUCGAAGGCCUUUACCUGUACAACCAUAAUGUGUCAGCAUACGAUGGUGGUGUAUACCACCAGGCGCCUUUAUUACUACCACUUUUCUCCGUCCUGCCCGAUCCGCAAGCCUGGCCUGUUUUCACCUACUUGCUCUAUAUUGGAAUCGACCUCUUGAGCGCCCACGCCCUCAGCCGCAUCUCCGAUUCGGGCGAGGCUGCGUCCUCGCGCCUAUACACAUCAGGCAGGAAAGACAGGAGAUGGAGUGGCCUAAUUGUCGCUGCUCUAUUUCUCUUCAACCCUUACACCAUUGCCACAUGUCUGGGACGUCCUACCUCUGUCUUCACGACCUGUGCAAUCCUGCAUGCCAUUGCGGAGGCUGUAGAUGCCAAGCCCAUGACAGCCUUCAUAUUGUUGUCUUUUGCGGCAUACUUGUCCAUGUACCCCAUCCUCCUUCUGCCGCCAUUGUUGCUCCUAGCGUAUGAUCGCCAGUUGCCUUUCAAUAGGGACUCAAAACUACCCGUCUUCGCAGCCACAGGCGUGGGCAUUGUUGUUGGGUGCAUCACGCUCCUGCUCAUGAUAUCGUACCUUCUGACCGGGUCGUGGGAAUUCCUAUGGUCUACGUAUGGAAUACAGCUGACUCUGAAUGACCUUGCCCCAAAUGCGGGUCUCUGGUGGUACUUUUUCAUCGAGAUGUUUGACAGUUUCCGCUCAUUCUUCCUGGCAGUGUUCUGGUUGCACCUGGCCUCCUACGUGGGGGGGUUGACGAUACGUAUCAGAACACAGCCCUUGACAGUUAUCACCUUGCUGCUGGGCCUCUUCGGCAUUUUCAAACCAUACCCCAGUAUCGCCGAUACGAGUAUAUUCUUCGGCUUGAUUCCCCUCUUUCGGCACUUAUUUCCUCUCAUGAGAUACAACUUCGUCAUCGCCGCGGCCAUGUUGUAUGGGUCGUUCCUUGGUCCCACGUUUUACCAUCUCUGGAUCUAUGCUGGUAGCGGCAACGCCAACUUUUUCUAUGCCAUCACGUUGGUCUGGAGCUUGGGCCAGAGCCUUCUUGUCAGCGACCUGACCUUUGCCGCACUCCGAGAUGAGUGGGAGGUGGAGCGACCAGAGAUGGUGGGUAAGGAGAUCAAACAGAUAUAGCCGGGCCCUUGAGAGCUUGAGAAAUCUCAUGUCGCAGCUCGUGCAUGGUGGGGCGUACGUCUCUGACGACGAGGGUUUGGUAGAAAGAGAUUCAUAGUAGUUA